UUUUUCUUUCUCAUCCUCUGUGCUUUCAUCGUUCAAUCUCCCAAGCUCAUCUUGUCUUUUUCUUCAGCCAUUCUCGGCAUCACUCUCCCACUACUCUCCUUUGAGCCAAUCCCAAUCCAGCGUGAGGCUAGCCUCUUCACCUCACCAUGGAGGCUGGAGAUGUCUCAAAGACCCAAUAUUGCUUCCCCGCCUCUGACAACCAGGAGAAUGUCAACAUCCCCUCCACUCCCUCUGAUCAAGGCUACGACGAAACCCCAACCAGCACGCCUGGCAUCAACCAUCGUGUCAAAAAUGAGCUGAAGAGUCACCUCAAGACGCUCAUAAACCCCAAGCCCUCAAAUGGGAGCUUUCGUGGCAAGAAUGCGCAGCAGGAUGCUGUGGCUCAGAUGAUGGUAGAUGCAAUGAACAGCCAGAAGUAUCUUGAGCAGACCCAGGAUCCAGAGAACCCUACAAUCUUCAAUACCCCCACUUCCUCUGAAGCUAGAGAGACUAUUCGUGAGAAGAUCAACGAGUCUGGUGACAUAGUCGAGACUGAUACUGCCGACGAAACGUCUUCCAACGCGUCCACUGCCUCAACUGCCUGCGAGCCAUUUCCCGAUUACUACGAAUCGUGCGAGGAUCCCAAUAAUGUUAUCGACGAAGCCCAAGAAAAAGCAUACAAGUUCGCUUUCUCCAAAGUUGUUGAGGAAGUCAUCCGCUUCCGGGAGAUAGAUUCUCGUCUCACGUCUAUGACUCCGUUUUUGUUUUUGCCCUCUGGCGUUAACGAGUCUUCUCCAUCGCAAGAAAACCAGUCUGGGUUUCAAAAUGAGGGAAGUCCCCAGAGCGAAUCGAGCAGUGCUACCGAAACUGCGGGAUCUGACCAAAACAACAACCAACCCAAGCUCAGCGAGAGCGAAAUCCGCAAGCUCGACAUUCUCGAGGAGAUCAAAAUCAUUCUGUCGAACCCCAAGCUCAAGGACUGUCUAAAGAAACGCUUCACCGCCAUGACAAACAUGGUUAUACGCAUGGAAGACGCCCUUUUUCGUCGCGAGAACGCCAGCGAUCCAAACCAGUUCUUGUCGGCUGGGGUUACCUUCCAAGUCAGAAUCAUGGCUGUGGAAAUCACCGAGUUCCUCGCCGUUAUGGAUAAGAGACUGCAGGAACAAGUAAAGGAUGCAGAACGCGUGACUUAUCUUAUUUCUGAGAUAGCCAAAGACCGCAGUGUAUCUGUCUAUACAUGCUAUAAACGCAUGUCAAAUGUAGUCAUGGCAAAUCUUGGAAAGCCUCGUUCUCUCGAACAGCGCCUGCUUACCGUAUUUCUCGAGCUCUACGAUGCGUACGUCUAUACUUCCUUUCUACGCAUCCGGAACCGCCAAAUCCUCAUCGAGGAACAUGUCAACAUCGAACGGCUCGAACUUUCCCGUCUUCUCAUCGCCCUUUGGGAUAUCCACAAUAGGGUGAUCGAGAACUACCAGAAGUACGUAAACACCAUGAAGUAUAUGAAGGAACGAUAUUUCGCCCCCGUCAUGGAUAAGUUGCAGAAAUCGCCUGAGACUUGGCCGGGAUACCAGGCGUCCACCCCGACCCCGACGCCGACUCCGCGAAUGGCACCGAGUCAACACCCUCAGAACUCUCAGAGCUCUCACUGUCCUCAGUACCACCAGUUUCUUCAGCAUCACCAGUAUCCUCAGCCUGCUCAGAAUUUUUCGUAUCCCCAGACUCCUGCUUAUCCGCAGAAUCCUGUUUAUCCCCAGCGCCCCGCCUAUCCCCAGAAUGCUGCUUAUCAUCAGAGCCCUGCUUAUCAUCAGAACCCUCUUUACCCUCAGCAUCAUCAGUACUUUUUUGGUGGUACCGGAAAUCUUGAGAUGGGAACAUACUAGAGAGUUUGAUGUGUGUUGUUGAGCGGCUUCCAUCAAUUAUUGCUGACACCAUAAGAAUCAAACUAAAUGAAAGAAAAGAACAAAACAAAAAACCCAAAGCAUUGGAUGAAAUAGGACGGAGUCGAUGAAUGACGAAAUACAUGAUUGAAUGACUAGGGCUAUUUUAUGA